CAGCGCGGUUUACGCGAAUAAUUUAAAGGGGCCGCGCCCGCGGCGCUGGACGGAAAGCUACUGGUGUUGGCGCAGCGUGGACCCCGGCUGCGGCCCGGUGGCUCCCCACCAGCCGUCCCCCGGCCAGCGAAGCCAUCCAGGCGGCGAGUACGAAGGGGGCAAGGCUCGAGGUAGGGGUAGGGGAGAAGCGGGCCCAGAGUGACGACUUGCACCGGUUCCUCCUGCUUCUUAUUCCCCAGGAUUCCGGGCUACCAGACCUCCGCCCAGUCUGAAGCAACUGAUGGAAGCUCCGUUGCAAACGGGAAUGGUGCUGGGCGUGAUGAUUGGGGCCGGAGUCGCGGUGCUGGUCACUGCAGUGCUCAUCCUCCUGCUGGUGCGGAGGCUCCGAGUGCCGAAAACGCCAGCACCGGAUGGCCCCCGGUACCGAUUCCGGAAGAGGGACAAAGUGCUCUUCUAUGGUCGGAAAAUUAUGCGGAAGGUAUCACAGUCCACUUCCUCCCUGGUGGACGCUUCUGUCUGCACCACUUCCCGGCCACGCAUGAAGAAGAAACUUAAGAUGCUCAACAUUGCCAAGAAGAUCCUUCGUAUCCAGAAAGAGGCACCAACACUGCAACGGAAGGAGCCCCCGCCUGCAGUGCUCGAGGCUGACUUGACGGAGGGUGACCUGGCUAACUCCCACCUGCCCUCCGAGGUGCUCUACAUGCUCAAGAAUGUCCGGGUGCUGGGCCACUUCGAGAAGCCUCUCUUCCUGGAGCUCUGCCGACACAUGGUCUUCCAGCGGCUCAGCCAGGGGGACUAUGUCUUCCGGCCAGGCCAGCCGGAUGCCAGUAUCUAUGUGGUGCAGGAUGGGCUGCUGGAGCUCUGUCUGCCAGGGCCGGAUGGGAAGGAGUGUGUGGUGAAGGAAGUGGUCCCUGGGGACAGCGUCAACAGCCUUCUGAGCAUCCUGGAUGUCAUCACUGGCCACCAGCACCCCCAGCGGACUGUAUCUGCCCGGGCAGCCCGGGACUCCACGGUGCUGCGGCUGCCCGUGGAGGCGUUCUCUGCCGUGUUCACCAAGUACCCCGAGAGCUUGGUGCGGGUGGUGCAGAUCAUCAUGGUGAGGCUGCAGCGGGUCACCUUUCUGGCCCUUCACAACUACCUGGGUCUGACCAAUGAGCUGUUUAGCCACGAGAUCCAGCCCCUGCGCCUCUUCCCCAGCCCUGGCCUCCCAGCCCGCACCAGCCCUGUGCGUGGCUCCAAGAGGGUGGUCAGCACCUCAGCUACUGAGGAGCCUAGGGAGACUCCUGGCCGGCCGCCUGACCCCACUGGGGCCCCACUACCUGGACCUGCAGGGGAUCCGGUGAAGCCCACAUCCCUGGAGGCUCCCUCUGCUCCCCUGCUGAGUCGCUGCAUCUCCAUGCCGGUGGACAUCUCAGGCUUGCAGGGUGGGCCCCGCUCCGACUUCGACAUGGCGUAUGAGCGUGGCCGGAUCUCCGUGUCCCUGCAGGAAGAUGCCUCAGGGGGGCCCCAGGCAGCUCCCAUUCGGACCCCCACUCAGGAGCCCCGGGAGCAGCCAGCGGGCGCCUGCGAGCACAGCUACUGCGAGGAUGAGCUGGCCACCGGUGGCUGCCCCUUCGGGCCCUACCAGGGACGCCAGACAAGCAGCAUCUUUGAGGCAGCGAAACGGGAACUGGCAAAACUGAUGCGGAUUGAGUUCUCUGGACCUGGGUGUCUGACUCUCCAUCCUCACCCAUCCCCAGGGCCUACACUCCUUCUCAACAGUGACACCAUCCGGGCCCGCCUCGGGGCUUCUGCUCUCGAUAGCAUCCAAGAAUUCCGGCUGUCAGGAUGGCUGGCCCAGCAGGAGGACGCGCACCGCAUCGUGCUCUACCAGACUGACGCAUCGCUGACUCCCUGGACCGUCCGCUGCCUGCGCCAGGCCGACUGCAUCCUCAUCGUGGGCCUGGGCGACCAGGAGCCCACUCUCGGCCAGCUGGAGCAGAUGCUGGAGAAUACAGCGGUGCGCGCGCUCAAGCAGCUGGUCCUGCUGCACCGGGAGGAGGGCUCAGGCCCCACGCGCACCGUGGAGUGGCUCAACAUGCGCAGCUGGUGCUCGGGGCACUUGCAUCUGCGCUGUCCACGCCGCCUCUUCUCCCGCCGCAGCCCUGCCAAGUUGCACGAGCUCUACGAGAAGGUUUUCUCCAGGCGCGCUGACCGGCACAGCGACUUCUCCCGCCUGGCGCGGGUGCUCACCGGCAACACCAUUGCCCUGGUGCUGGGCGGGGGCGGGGCCAGGUGA